UACACUGCUUCGUGGCAAAUGGCAAAUCAGUUUUGGUUGGCUGUCUUGUUUACAAUUAGAAAUUAACCAAUUAGUUUCGAGUAACCUGGUAAAAUGCUGCAAAAUGUGUGCCGCGUGUGCGCCAGCAGCACGGACAACUCGAAGUCACUGAGACUGUUUAACAAUGGUGCCCGGAAAGUGCUGCAACAAAUCAAUUUGCUCACUGGUAUUCUGCUGCAAUGUGAACCCGAUUUGCCCGACUGGAUGUGUGCAACCUGCCAGGCGGAUCUGAAUAGCGCCAUAUCCUUCCGCGAUCGCUGCCUGAGCAGCCAGAAGAUUUUCGAGGAGUCGCUGGUCAGGAGCGAAGAAGCCACAUCCCGCUCCUCAGUUCGUCGCAGUGUCCGCUCCCAAAGGCAGCGGCAUGAAGACGCCGCUCCAAAGACGCCAGCCAGUCCGCUGGAGGUAAUGAUUAAGCUGGAGAGUCUGAGCAAUGGCGACGAGGAGGACGACGGCAUCGAUCACCUGGACUCAUGCAACGAAGCAGACAUGGAGCUGGCCAUCAAAGCGAUGUCAAGCUCUUCCGAGGAUGAUGGACCCACCUCACCGGUCAGGUUGAAAAGAACCCGGCGUCGGGGCCUUAAGAAAGGCGGUAAUAGUGAAAAUCGCCCCAAGGUUACGCUUCCCGUGUUCUUUUGCGAUCAGUGCGGCAACAACAUUACGGGAAAGUCCUCCUUCGACCGUCACCUGCGCAAACACAGCGGCAUUAGACCCUUUCAGUGCGAACUUUGUCCCGCCCGCUUCCUCUCCUCUGGCGAGCUGAAAGGACACCAAGUGAUGCAUACUGGAGAUCGCAAGUUCCAGUGUCGAUACUGUGACCGCACCUACGUCAACUACAGUGGUCGCCUGCGUCACGAGCGGACCCACACAAAUGAUCGACCCUUCAUUUGUGCGCAGUGUGGCAAGAGCUUUACCAAUUCGUACAUACUCAAGAACCAUAUGCUCAUCCAUACGGGCGAGCGCCUGUUCAGAUGUGAGCUGUGCCAUCGAUCCUUUGCGCGACCCACCCACUUGAAGACUCAUUUCCGCUCCAAUACUCACAAGCACAACGUGGAGAAAUCGAAGGCAGACGCGGGUGUAGUUCAGCUGUCACCAUCCCAGUCAGCGGAUCAGGUUAAAUUCGUGACGGAAAAGGCAGAACCGGUGGCGGAUGCCUUUACGAUAGAAGUGCCUUUGCCCGCGGAACAGGUGCAAGACGAGUCUUUGGGCCUGGCAGCUCUGGAAACAUCCACUCUGAUGUACAGUACAAACUAGACCUUAAUGAGUUCACCUCAACCUUUUAACGCCAAAUAUAGUUCACAUUUUGUUUAUUCCCUA